GGCCCUGGAUUUCUACACUGACCUCUUCAAGAGAUUCAGGCGCAACCCGACCUGCGUGGAGUGCUUCGACCUGGCCCUGCCCCAUUCCCAGCCCCCUGAGCCAGCCAGUCCCUGCCCCCCUGUGCCAGCCCAGCCCCCCAAGGGCUGCGACCGGAGCGUGCCCGGGACCCUGCAUGGCUCUGCCACAGCAGGUCUCUUGCAGAGCAAACAGACCAGCCAGUGCCUGGCUUUCCACGCUCCCUGGCACCCCACCCCAGGGUCACCUGGCUGCGGGGGGUCUGUUUGCUGACCUCCCCCCGCCGAUCAAUCUCCUCCUUUUAACUCUGUGGUUGGGAGACAGGGUCUUCCCUGGGUUACUCCCCCCCUCCACCUCCCCACCAGCCGUCCCCGCGGCGCUGCCUGCUGGGUUCCUGCUCUGGUCCUGGUCCCAGGGCGCUGCGGCUCGUCCAGUGCCCGGCUUAGCGCGGGUUCAGAACCCGUCCUUCCUGGCCAGCCCACCGCCACCUGAGCCGUCCGGCUGCCUUUUACACCCCUUAGGGUUGGGGCCCCCGGCAUCCAGGUUGGCACCCCCUGACCGUCUCUCCCUGCCCCCAGGCUACCCUCUGCCCUGGGAGGACCCGGCAUUGCCCUACCCCCAGAACUACGCCCACCCCCUGCAGGUGGCCGUCAGGGCCAGCGAUGGCGCCUCUGACUAUGGCAAUAAGUUUGGAGAACCUGUCCUGGCUGCCCAGCCAGGCCCGCGCGUGGCCAUCCUGCGCGAGGAGAGCAGCAACGGGGACCGCGAGAUGGUGGCAGCUUUCGUUAUGGCGGGGUUCCAAGCCUGGGACGUGACCAUGCAGGACCUGUUCACAGGAGAGGUGACUCUGAAGUCGUUCCGCGGCCUGGUCUUUGUGGGGGGCUUCAGCUACGCGGACGUCCUGGGGUCUGCAAAAGGCUGGGCAGCUUCAGUGACUUUCAACCCCCGGGCACGGGCCCAGUUCGAGGCGUUUCGCCGGCGCAGGAACACGUUCAGCCUGGGCGUCUGCAACGGCUGCCAGCUGAUGGCGCUGCUGGGCUGGGUGGGGGGCGAGAGCCCCCAGAGCGACCCCACGGGUGGGGCUGUCCGUCCCGGGGUGCUGCUGACCCCCAACGAUUCGGGCCGGUUCGAGUCGCGGUUCGUGGCGCUCACCAUCGAGGAGAGCCCGGCGGUGAUGCUGCGGGGCAUGGCUGGCUCCACCCUGGGAAUCUGGGUGGCGCAUGGAGAAGGUCGGAUGCGGUUCCGCUCCCCCGAGGUGCUGGCUGCAGUGACGUCAGGGGGCUUGGCCCCGCUGCGCUACGUGGAUGACCAGGGCCAGCCCACUCAGGAGUACCCCCUGAACCCCAACGGCUCCCCGCUGGGCAUCGCCGGACUCUGCUCGCCCGACGGGCGCCAUUUGGCCAUGAUGCCCCACCCCGAGCGCUGCGUCCUGCCCUGGCAGUGGGCCUGGAUGCCACCCGCCUGGCGCCACACCAUGGAGGUCUCACCCUGGCUGCGCAUGUUCCAGAACGCCUGCGAGUGGUGCCUACGCCACCCCGAGGGGGAGUCCUGACCGCGGAGCCCGGGCGCCAGCCGGAUCUCAGAUCCAAAGGGCUGGAAGUUCCCAUGGAAUUCAAUACCCGGCCCGGACAGAGACACAGAGAUGCUGCUGCUCGUCCAUUUGUGCAAAGGAAAAACUCGUUUUUAAACUGGACCUUGGUUCGUGGGAAGGGAGAGUGGAAAAUCCCGGAGCUGUGUUUGGGCUGAGGCUGGGUCUCCUAGGUGGUGGGACGGGACUGGCCAGCUGGAGACUGCCCCGGGCUGGGAUCACAGGCAUCACAAACUCCUCUGUCAGUGACAGCUGAUGCAUUGAGAUUGGCCCAAAGCCAGGCAGAGUUGGACCUUACAGAGGAAAUUCAAACCAAGGAAAAGGUUCUGUUGUCAUAUAAAUAAAAAGAAAACCAGGAAGGAAGAAGUGGGGCUGCUAAACACUCGCAAUGCUGCCAACAUAGCGAUUUUGUCACUAGAUUUUGGGACGUUUUGGUUUCCCUAGCAAAGAAAUGUGUCAAAGUGACCCGUGUAAAUGCUUCCCCUGUAAGUGGGGUCAGCUUCGGUUCCUUGGUGAUGGGGAGGGGGUGAAAAUCCAGCUCUCAAGGGCACCAGGGCCAAAUGUAGAGGCAAAGUCACCUCUCAAACAACUUACACAAGUCUGAGUCUAUUAUCCUAAUGCUAUUACCGUUAUCAACUACAUUUGUCAUCGCCUCAAAAAAGAUACCAAGUUAGAUUGAUGGCUCUAUUUCCCAUAAACCCAUGUUGAUUGGCAUUAAUUACAUUGACCUCCUUUAGUUCUUUAUUAAUCGAGUCCCGUAUCAGCCGCUCCAUUAUCUUGCCUGGGAUCAAUGUCCGGCUGAGAGGCCUAUAAU